AUGGCGUCGUCAAAGGAACAACCAACUGCUCGUCCCAUCUCGGGCAGUUUUUCCAGACACGCUUCGUCCUCUUCGAGACAGCACUCCCACUCCUUCUCCUUGGCUGCCUCCAAUCCCACCCACCGAGUCAAUCGUCGGAAGAGUAUCAACACAGCCGCCUCGUCCUCCACUGCCCAGGCUGCCAUAGUGGCCGCGUUGAGGGAACAGGGGGACGCGUCCGUCAUGCCGCUACAAGGUCACAGGAGAAGCAUAGGCUCUAGAAAGAUUACGGAAGCACACUCGAUGAGUGCCCGGCCGAGCAUUCACUCCUUUUUCAACGGUCCUCCGAGCGCGGCCUCGGGGCAGGACAAUGAUGCGCUCGAGGACAAUUCCAACGAUGAUGAUCUGCCUGCGUCGUCCAAGAGACUGAGCAACAAAAGCCGCAACAGAAGGGCAAGUGAGGGCUCGUAUCUCACCAAGGGCGAAGGCAAGAAGGCAGGCUCGGACUUGCGGUGUGAUACUUGUGGGAAGGGGUACAAGCAUAGCAGCUGCCUCACCAAGCAUCUGUGGGAGCAUGAUCCGGCAUGGGCCAUCACCUCCAAGUUGCUCAUCUCCAAGCAUCAGCAAGUUCAACUGUUGGAAGCGGCUUCCGUCUUGUGUAACAUGACUGUGGAGAACAUGACCAUGGGCCAAUCCGAUAAUGAAGCGUCCUUCAACGAUCCCAGUGACGGCUCAUCUGCCUCUCCUGGCUUUUCCUCGUCCGAAAUGCAAGACGAGCUAAGCUCGGUUGAGACCACGCCGCCUCCCAUGAGCGAAGCCGCCUAUCCGGUCCCGGGCUCAAAACGAUUCAGCAUCAGCGGCAACCAUGGAUUCUCCCGCUCCUACCGAUCAAUCCCGUCCAGUUCAUAUGCUGAAAGUGUCGUGUCGCCUGGAUUACCACCUCACCGAUUUUCCGGUGUAGACUUCCGCCCGAGCACGUCCGGAACUGAUGACGGCACCCUUGCAGCUGCCGCAGCUGGCCUCACCUUCAACAGCGGCACCCCUCGCACCAAACCAACCUUCCUAGGUGUGGACGUGCCCCCUGUACCACCGCUGCCGCAACAGUACCAGUCGUUCAACAGCAAGUCCUCCGACAGCACAUUGACCACCGUUUAUAAUCCACUGUUGCAGCUCCAUCCCCCCACCUUGACCCAGAACCUGUCAGAGGAGCGAAACUACCGCGGCAGCAACGAUGCCAAAGAAAUUCAAAUGGAUGAUGAAGAGAUGUUCAGGAUGGAAGAAUAG